AUGGCAGCGCCUCCCAACCCCGGCGCAGAGGCCGUCGCGGUGCCAGAAAAGUCGGAUACCGUUGUCAAGAAAAAGAAGAAGAAGAACAAGAACCACAACAAGACGGAUGAUACUUCUUCACCUGCCACCGUUGUACAUGAUCGCGCUCCUUUGCAAAUCAGUACAAGACGUGGACGAACCCUUCUUGACGUCGUUCAGUUCUCGGCAUCUCUGCUGCUGCGCUUGUCUGUCUACAUCUUCCUGCAGUGGAUCCCUACCUCUUUGGCAUGGCCUCUGAUCCCCAUACUGUAUGGUACCUACGUCGUCAGCUGGCUGCUCAAGGAUCGCGGGGUGAGGAAGCUCGUGAAACAGGGCAGCGCUGCGAUUCUCCCACAAGCCGGUGCUGGCGACCUCAAGGAGCUCGCAGAUGGUGUCACUGUGACAGACCAGACAAUCGGGAAGCAGGUAGGCAAUGCUCAUCCUGCGGAAGGCGCAGGACUCACUGAGCCACCGACUGUUGAGUCUCGCCCCUCUUCUCUCUACGGCAAAGCCGUCGCUCUGGUCACUGGACUCUCCAUUCCAUCGCGUCGGGUCAAUCUCCUCAAUCUGGGCCUGCACACACUCCUCUUCUCCUUCUUCCUCGAUUCGUACGGAUCUCCCUAUCUCUUUCCCUCGCACUUCGAGCACAAUCUCAUCUUCCACCGAGUGGGUGAUAUCGGCCCAACUCACUCCAAGAUCCAGGUCAGGUGGCCUGAGCCUCUACCUCUAUUCUCUGGGCUGGAAGAGACUUCAGAGGGCAGCGGCGUUCUAAGAGACGGGCUGCAGCGCGUAGAGAAGCCGUUCAGGAUUGUCUACACUGAAGUUUCGAGCAAGGCGGGCAUGAGGAGCCGCUGGGAGCGAGGGCCUCUGCUGACCCUUCUCGAGGAGAACGACUGGACUACGACUGCUAGCUUGAGCAACCUCUGGCCUGCUACACAGUACGAGUAUCGUCUGGCUUGGGCCCACAACAACACUUUCGUGGCGCCUCACCGACUGCUUGAGUUUCAAGCUUCCGUCGGCGGAGUGGGAGAGGAGGAAGUGGCUUCGGCUUCCGAGAGGAACUAUGUUGGGGGAACAUUCAAAACUUGGCCAGAUCCUCGUGUAGGCCAGGGUAUGGGCGGUCUGGCCUCUACGCCGGGCUUGCUAGAGGACGAGGAGGACGAGAACGUGCCGUUGGAUGAUCCGAACUAUUUCCGCUUCAUUACCUCGUCUUGCGUCAAGCCUGACUUUCCCUAUAACCCUUCUCAAUUCGUCCUCUGGUCAUGGCUGCUGCGACUUCUCCCUUCUCCUGCGCUUUACCUGCCUGCCGAGUGGGUAAGUCCUCAAAUCAGCAACAGCUGGGCGAAGCGCAAUGUCAUUCCAGGCUUCGACAUGAUCUACGAUCGCUACAUCAAGGAUCGCCCCGAGCCCUCGGUCCGCUUCCUUCUGUCCCUAGGCGAUCUGAUCUAUGCAGACGUACCCAGGUAUGGUGGACCAAAGAUCGACACGUACACUCGUCUCUGGAGAAAUCUUUUCGCUUCGCCUUCUUUCAAGCGGGUCUUUGAGAAGAUUCCUACCUUUGGCCCGCUGGACGAUCAUGAGAUCAAGAACAAUGCUGCUGGUCAAUUGACAGAGGGGACCGCUGUAGGCGAGGCCUUUGGCCCUGCCUUGCAGGCCUGGUCGCAGUACUUCGGCAGUGUUGGACCAGACCCACUCUCGCCCGGGAAGCACUAUUCGGCUUUCAGGUACGGCAAUGAGGCUGCGUUCUUCAACUUUGACACAAGGACCCAGAGGACCCCUUCCACGGGCUACACCGGCGAGGAGGAGGACGAUCUGCAGCACAUUCCCGGAGCAGAGGACGAUGGUCUCCCGCCGACUGUCCUUGGUCAAGAGCAGAAGGACGACUUUAUCCGCUGGCUCCGCGCCGUCAACAAUACUGCCACCUUCAAGAUUGUCGUCUCAAGUGUGCCCUUCAGCACCCUCUUUGCCCGCUCCACCCUGGACGUGGAUGCCCGCAUGGACUCUUGGGCCGCGUACCUCUCCGAGCGUAGCGAGCUAAUGCGCGAGCUCGAGUACGUAAAGAACGUCCUCAUCAUCUCUGGUGACCGUCACCAGUUCCUCGCUACCUCUCUCCGCUCUGGAGAGGAUCCCAAUGUGGACAGGUACACAGUAACGGAGCUCUGCGUUGGGCCCCUCAACAUGUUUGCCCUACCCAUUUCCAUUGGCGAAUCGUCCGAGACGGACAAGCUGCUGAAGCACAUUCCUCUCGGUCGGCAGAAGUGGGCUGACAUCGUAGUCGAUACGAGGCGAGUGAUGGAGCCUCAGCUGAGAGUCAAGGUGUAUGUGGAUGGACAAGUGACGUGGAAGGUCAAGUUGGUUGGAGAACCAGUGGCACUCAAAGCUGUUAAGACAGUCGGGGGUAUUGCAAAGAGCUUCUUGGAGCUGCUGAAUUGGAGGCCGAGGAGGUGGUUCUAG